UAUCACGCGUCUGUUGAGGACAUGGCUCUUGGUUGUGGGUACAAGUGUUUGCAAUGUUUGCUAGUUAUUUUCAAUUGUGGAGCAUUCAUAUGUGGUCUCGGGCUGAUUGUGAUUGGUGCACUUGGGCUCCAUUCUGUUGUAAAUCACUGGAAAGACAUUGAACCUCCAUUACAAUCGCUCAUUAUCUUUAUCAUUGUCCUCGGAUGCUUCUUAUUUGUUUUGGGGGCUUUGGGGAUGUUUGGCGCAUGCACGAAGAAUGUUUGUUUAUUAACGACGUACUGCAUUCUUUUAUCAAUUUUGAUAGUUGCCGAAAUAGCAGCAGGAAUAUUUGCUAUAGUGGAAAAGCCCAAGGUCAAAAAACACGUCACUGAUGCGUUAAGCGAAUUCGUAAAAGAGUACUAUCACGACGAACGUGUUGGAAAAGUUCUCGAUGAAGUUCAACGAAAAGUGAGAUGCGGUUCCCACCAUAAAUUUUUAUUUAGUUACAAUGCUGUGGUGCGGAUUCUCCAGCAGAUUAUGGCAUUAAACAACCAAAAUCCUGUUUCAAAGAUGGCAUAAUGUUUACAGAGGUAGAUUUAUAUAAAGCCCUCAUGUUUUUGAUUGGUUUAUGAUAUUUGUGGUUCAUUUUUAAGUACUUAACAAGGCUGAGGAAUAAAAGUUAUAGCAGAAUAAGAACAAGCAAACACUGAGUGUUCAUGUCAAAAAAUUACGGUAAUUAUAAGACUGAAUCAUGUACGAAUUUGAUAAUAUACCGGAGAAAAGUUCAAGAUAUAUCAUAAGCCAUAUUAGUUAAAAAAAUUUUUGCCAGGUCUCUGCAGGGAGAUGUUCAUUCACGUUAGUAAAAAAAUAUGACUGAGUAUUAAGUGACCAAGACCAAACAGUCGGUUAGCCCAAUAACUCACAUGAGGAAAACCACUUCAAGCCAAAACUUUCAGUAUUUUUUGUUGAAGGCAACGAGUACAGAACACAUCUACCCCAUCCUAGAACUAAUCCACAUGCCUGCAGUGUCAAUUCUACCCAAGUCAGUCGAAGCUGGAGGAACCGAAUAUUCUUAUACCAUGUUCCUGGAAUUGUUAUCUCUAUGGAGAACCUUGUAUUUAUCUGGCUUUCGAAAUAACCCUAUUAUAUGACGUUUGUAGGAUUGGUUAAUAGGGAAAAAAGAAGGUAAUGGGUCGUUAAAUAAUUUCCAAUCAUAAGUCACAAUUAAGUCACCUUCUUAUGUAUGAUAGAUGAAUGUGAGGAUUUUAUGCUUUUCACUGACUAACUUGGAACUUCGGUAAUUGUACGUAAACCGGUCUUUUGGACCGGUUUUGUAUAAAACCUCAACGUGUUUUUCGAAGGUAAGCGUUCAAACUUCAUGUAGUUUUCUUAUUUGGAUCUGUAUACCACUCUUCAAAGCGUGAUAUGGAUGCUUUCCUCAUUGUUUCUGAAUUUUAUCAUCGCCCAUAAUGCUUUGAAAUCUCUAUAUAAAGUUAAAUUAUGGUGGGUAGUGGUUUUGAAGUCAUAGUCUGCUAUGACUAAUGAAUUGCUAUGAUUGGAAAGAACUAGUGGGGAUUUGUAACUAUUGUCAUCUGUACGAAUAUGCAUCAAACUAGACUGUUAAGAUUUUGCCGUGUCUCUGAACAGUUAAGUAGUGUGUUGAAAUCUCAUACAGCUUAAACAUCAGAACAAAUCUCUACUUACCGGUGUGUUUGACUAUCAUCUGCUUGAUGCAGUAUGGCAGUUUAUAAUCGCACUAGGAAACUCGACAAUCCUAAACAUGAGUGAAGGGAGCCUUGGUAAUGUUUUAAAUAGUAAUCUGACGUUUAUAUUUUCCAGUAAAAGACUUUAUAACUGGUUCAUAUCGUACGUCUUUGAUAGACAAGAAAUAGAUUUCUGAUGGUGCCUAAACGUUCAAGCUUAAACAGAAGUCCAGGGUGUAGAACAUUUCUAGUGAGUAUAACAUUCUUAGUGUUCGAUGGAACCUAGGAAGUCCCGUUAUCAUUGGAUUUCAUCAAGCGCUCAGUUCUCAGGAAAGUUUUUUUCGAACACAGAUGACUGUUUUCAGAUCCAUUCUGUCUGCUACCCAACAAGUAGGAAGUUUGUGAAAACUUCAUAAUGAGUUUUUGGCAACCUAUUGGGUGGUAAUAAGGGUUAAUCCAAAUCCCAACCGAGGGAAUAUAUUUUUAAAUAAUAGAAUAAAAUGAUCAUUGAAUUCAUUCGCUUCUAUAUUUUAGUAGCUUAUCUUACAAUUUGUGGUCUAAAACGUAACAGUUCCUUUCUAAGAUAUACUACAAACUUAAUAAUUUUUCGUUAUAACUCUUCUACACAAUAAUAACUGGUAAAAAUUAUCACUGCUAUGGAAAAUUACAGGGCUUCUUUUAUAUAUGUUGGCGACUCUUAUAAAACAUAAACUGUUGUACAGUAUCAACUACUACAAAAUAUGUUUUAGUAAAAGCUAUGAAGUUGUUGAUUUUGGUAUACUGUCACUAACAGCUUACGAACUCAGGAAAGUUAGCAUCAAUAAGCCGUAUAAUUUUCCAACUCAUUCUAAAAAUUCCACUUUCUGGAUAUGAUAUCACUAUUAAUACGAGAGGAGACAUAAACUAAUAGUCACAGUGAGAUAUCGAACGUGCGUGUUAUCUAAAAUAUUUAACAAAGGGUGAAUAUUAAUAGGGGCUUCCAAACAGAAGACCAUAAUGAAACAAGUAUUCUUUUUACUCUCUCUGUAGUCAGUCUCACAACAAAUGAAAUAGGGUUUAUCCUGUGGAAUAACUAUUAUUUUCUUAUUUCAUUAUUCUUCUUCGUUUUAGGGGUGCGUUAAAAAGGUCAGCGAUCUAAGCAAAAUGCACCUCAAUGCUAUCAUAAUUAGCGUUUUUCUGUUCGCAUUGGUUCAAAUGGUUUGUCUGGUAUUUGCAGUAUGUGUUCUGUUGGCUAUAAAGCGCGGUGAUGAUGAAUAAAAUAACAGAACGAAAACGUUUAGUAAAAAACAAAUGGGAAUAAGAACAACCAUUAAAAAAUUAAGCAAACAACACCCUAAUUUUUAACACUCAGCCGAGACAUAUUUACUAAUUAUUUUUGUAUGCAUUGGAUUGUAUCGUACGCGAGGAAUUUUUGGCUUUGUGUUUCAUCUCUUUCAAUAAACUCUUUAUACCGUAUUCAAUGUGAAGUUAGUAAAUUUAUGACCUUAUUUUUAACACAACGAUUCAAUUAUUCUUC